AUGUGCGCAAUCGCUUACGAUCCAACAACUUCCUUCUUCAUGUCUGUGCCAGCUAUUGUUUUCACCGAUUGGGACGGAACCGUGACUCUCCAAGACUCCAAUGACUAUCUCACUGAAAACUUGGGCUUUGGUCGUCCUCGCCGCUUACAAAUCAACGACGAGAUUUUGAACGAAACAAAAUCGUUUAAAGACGGCUUUAGCGAGAUGUUGGCGUCCAUUCCAACACCCUUCCCCGAAUGUAUCACCUACUUGUUGCAACACAUCGAGCUUGACCCGGGAUUCAAGGAUUUCUACUUGUGGUGCGAGGAAAAGGGUAUACCUGUGGUUGUUGUUAGUAGCGGAAUGAAGCCAAUCAUUUACGCAUUGCUUGAGAAAUUGGUGGGCCCAAGAGCGGCCCAGAAGAUCGAAAUUAUGUCCAACUCGGUCUCUGUCGACGCCGAAACAGGCCGCUGGAAGAUUGUGUACAAACAUCCUGACACAGGCUUCGGUCACGAUAAAAGUCUUUCUAUCCGGGACUACUUGGUGGAGCACGGUUAUACAGGCGACAAGAAACCACAUCUUUUCUACUGUGGUGAUGGCGUAAGCGAUUUGUCUGCGGCAAAAGAGACAAACUUACUUUUCGCCAAGCACGGGAAGGACUUAAUCACCUAUUGCCGCCGGGAAAACAUUCCGUACACGGAAUUCAACGACUUCCGUGAUAUCUUUGCCAAAAUCAAGGCAGUAGUAAACGGCGAGAAAGACUACCACGACUACAUUGAGAACUAG